AUGAACUAUGAAAUUAGCUUUGCCUUGAUUUCUGUGGCCGCUCUGCUCUGUGUAACAUCAACAACAUUUGACGGGCAAAGCUACCUAAUGAACCCAGGGGCGUGGCGGUUUAGGGUGUUCAUUUUCACGUCGGUUGUAUCCAUCUUAACGUCGUUCCUGCUACUUAUGGCGCAUGCUUCAACCAUUCAUCGCAUGAUGCCCAUCGAUUGGCUUUUAUUGGAUAUUGGAAUAUCUGGAGUACUGACUUUCUUGUACCUGGUUACUACAGCAAUGAUAGGUGCUGUUUACCAUGAAUAUUCAAACAAAUUGCGUGUCUGGCUUGACCGUAAUAUCCUCCUCGCUGGAAUGGGUUAUGAAACAUAGAAGCAUUUAUGAAAAAUGAAAAUUAUUCUCGAUGUUUUAAG